ACCUUACGAGAGCUGUAAUACCGGAGCGAAAAACCUGUUUUCCAAGAGUUUAGUGUCAGAAAUGAUGGGAAAUAAGCAAAAUCUGAGACACAAAAUAGGUUUCUAAUAAUAAAACAGUGUUUUGAGUCCAACACACAUACACAGCAAAACCAGUGAUGAUUUAAGCCACGAUCAUAUAUUUGGGACACAUAUAGGCGUUGAUAUUGAACUUGUCUUAACACAACUCAGAGACCUAUUUAUUUCUCAAACUAUAUUUAAUCGACUAUUUAAUAGAGAUGUCCAUCGAAUCAGUCGCUGAAGUCUUGUACAAGAAGAAGCAAAGGGGACGACUAUCGCGAUACUGGGCUACCAUGGGAUUCAUAUUUCAAAUCAUCCGGGACAUCGACCCCAAGUUACGUGUAGUGAUCGAUACGUUCACACUAUUAGGACUAAUAUACUCGACGCGAGUGGUGUUCAGCCUGUUAUCCACGGCUUUCACCGGAUUUCGUGUCCAUCUGUGGUCUCGGGUCUGGAAAAUAGAUCUGAAGCAACGGUACGGCGAGUGGGCUGUCAUUACCGGCGCCACCGAUGGCAUAGGUCUGGAGUACGCCCGAGCCCUCGCCAAACGUGGGUUGUCCCUCGUACUCAUCGGUCGAAAUGAGGUGAAGUUAGCCCGGGUUAAGACCGAACUGUCGCCCAUCACAUCCGUGGUAACCAUUGUGGCGGACCUGAACUCCGAUGACCCGACGCUGUACGAGAGGAUCGCCACUGAUAUCGAUGGCACCAAUCGAGACAUCGGUAUAUUGUUUAACAACGCGGGGGUUAUGUACGACUCGCCCAAUCGUUUCAUGGAUCAGCCCGAAGACAAGGUGUGGCAACACGUGAGGGUUAACAUCGCCGCCGUACUCAUGAUGACCCGGGCUGUGCUACCGGGGAUGAUAGCCCGUCGGCGAGGGCUUGUCAUUAAUAUGAGUUCCAUAGCCGCCUACAAGCCCCUACCGCUGAUGGGUGUCUACAGCGCCUCCAAAGUGUUUGUCGAGUGGUUCUCCAAGACUCUGGAAGUGGAGUACAAGUCCUAUAACAUCGAAGUGCAGACUCUGAUGCCAUCGUAUAUCUCCACAAAACUCACCUCUUUCUCGGAUCUGCUGCAGAAGCCAUCGCUGGCCUUCCCGAGCGCCGAGACCUUCACGGCCAACGCCGUGGCCACCAUCGGGAGGGCCAGUAAGACGACCGGCUAUUGGUCGCACGGGUUGCAGCACUUCCUGACCGACUGGUUUGUGCCGGAGUGGGCCUACACUCUGUCGAGUUGGCACUUCCUCCGGAAUAUCGACAACUCCAAGACUAAGUGAAAAGUUUAAAAAACUUUUUGUCUUGUUUUGUAUGUGUUUUUAAAGUGAUUUAUCAUCUGUUGAAUGAGAUUAUGAGAAAUGUUUUA